GCAGCAAGAACCACCAUUCCUGUGCAGAGCUGUUACAUCUCCCCAGUGCUAACAGGGAGCUAGCAGCUCAGAGGGAGGAGGCUCGGCCCCCCGUGUGUGCGCGUCUGUGUGUUUAAGUGUGUGUGUGUGUGUGUGUGUGUGGCUGUGACUGCUGCCCGUCGCAGAAGAGCAGGCACGGCCGCCGCUGCUGCACUCCACUUUCAACCAGACUUUGUUUCCCUUUAACCUUGCCUCGACCACGGCGCUCAGCCCCCGGGCCUGCUUUCUCCUUCCACUUCAGGAUAAAGAGGGAUCGGCGGUGUGGGGGGACCAGGAGAGACCAGACGUCAGGCUUCCUUCUCUACUCUAGAACCAGCUCGUAGUGGCUGACAGGUCCAGGGCGGACGUGCAGGCAGGAUGAUAGCGGCUCAGCUUCUGGCCUACUACUUCACCGAGCUGAAGGAUGAUCAGCUCAAAAAGAUUGACAAGUACCUGUUCUCCAUGCGCUUCUCGGACGAGACGCUGAAGGACAUCAUGAACCGGUUCCGCCGGGAGAUGGAGAACGGGCUCGGCAACGACACCAACCCCACCGCCACCGUCAAGAUGCUGCCCACCUUCGUCAGGUCCAUCCCCGACGGAUCGGAAAAGGGAGACUUCAUAGCUCUGGAUCUCGGGGGGUCGAACUUCCGGAUCCUCCGGGUCAAAGUGACACAGGACAAGAAGCAGCCGGUUCAGAUGGAGAGCCAGGUCUACGACACCCCUGACGACAUCAUCCACGGGAGCGGGACACAGCUCUUUGACCACGUCGCAGAUUGCCUGGGCGACUUCAUGGAGAAGCAAAAAAUCAAGGAUAAAAAGCUUCCUGUGGGAUUUACGUUCUCCUUCCCCUGUGCCCAAACCAAACUGGAUGAGGCUGUCUUGGUGACAUGGACAAAGAAGUUCAAAGCCAGUGGUGUGGAGGGCGUGGACGUUGUGAAGCUUCUGAACAAAGCGAUCAAGAAACGAGGGGACUACGAGGCGGACAUCAUGGCGGUGGUGAAUGACACGGUCGGCACCAUGAUGACUUGUGGAUUCGACGACCAGCGCUGUGAAGUGGGAAUCAUUAUAGGAACGGGAACUAACGCCUGCUACAUGGAGGAACUGCGCCACAUUGACCUGGUGGAAGGAGACGAAGGACGGAUGUGCAUCAACACUGAGUGGGGGGCCUUCGGGGACGACGGGUCCCUGGAGGACAUCCGCACAGAGUUUGACCGUGAGAUUGAUAGAGGCUCCAUCAACCCUGGAAAACAGCUGUUUGAAAAGAUGGCCAGUGGGAUGUACAUGGGAGAACUGGUUCGACUCAUCCUGGUGAAGAUGGCCAAAGAGGGGCUGCUAUUCGAGGGCCGAAUCACCCCCGAGCUCCUGACGAAAGGAAAGAUCGAGACAAAGCACGUUUCUGCAAUUGAAAAGACAAAAGAAGGGCUGAAAAAAUGCAUGGAAAUCCUGACGAGGCUCGGGGUGGAGCCUUCGGAUGAAGACUGUCUGGCCGUGCAGCACGUGUGCACCAUCGUAUCCUUCCGCUCAGCAAACCUAAUUGCUUCGACUCUGGGAGGGAUCCUGUCUCGCCUGAAGGAAAACAAAGGAGUCGGCCGUCUCCGCACCACCGUCGGCAUUGAUGGCUCUCUGUACAAGAUGCACCCACAAUACGCUCGCCGUCUGCACAAGACAGUGCGCCGCCUGGUCCCCGACUCAGACGUCCGCUUCCUGCUGUCCGAGAGCGGCAGUGCGAAGGGCGCGGCCAUGGUGACGGCGGUGGCGUACCGUCUAACGGAGCAGGCCCGCCAGAUUCAGCAGACGAUGGCGGAGUUCCGGCUGAGCAAAGCCCAGCUGCUGGAAGUGAAGAAACGGAUGAGGGUGGAGAUUGAAAGAGGCCUGAGGAAGGACUCCCACAAGGAAGCGACGGUCAAAAUGUUGCCCACCUUUGUCCGGAGUACACCCGAUGGAACAGAAAACGGGGAUUUCCUUGCUCUGGAUCUUGGAGGGACAAACUUCCGCGUGCUCCUGGUUAAGAUCCGCAGUGGGAAGAGGCGGUCGGUGGAGAUGCACAACAAAAUCUACGCCAUUCCUAUCGAAGUCAUGCAGGGCACGGGAGAAGAGCUUUUUGACCACAUUGUGCACUGCAUCUCUGAUUUCCUGGACUACAUGGGAAUGAAAAGUGCUCGACUGCCACUGGGUUUCACCUUCUCCUUCCCCUGCUACCAGACCAGCCUGGAUGCAGGGAUCCUUGUAACCUGGACCAAAGGCUUCAAGGCCACAGACUGCGAGGGUGAGGAUGUAGUGGAGCUUCUUCGGGAUGCAAUCAAGAGGAAAGAGAUGGAGGACCCAGAGUUUGAGCUGGAUGUGGUUGCCAUAGUGAACGACACAGUGGGGACGAUGAUGACCUGCGCGUACGAGGAACCCUCCUGUGAGGUGGGGCUGAUUGCAGGAACGGGCAGUAAUGCCUGCUACAUGGAGGAGAUGAGGAACAUCGAGAUGGUGGAGGGAAACGAGGGCCGUAUGUGUGUUAAUAUGGAGUGGGGAGCAUUCGGAGACAACGGCUGUUUGGAUGACAUCAGGACGAAUUAUGACCAGGCUGUGGAUGAGAACUCUCUCAACGAAGGCAAACAAAGAUACGAGAAGAUGUGCAGCGGGAUGUACCUGGGCGAGAUCGUCAGGCAGAUUCUGAUCGACCUGACGAAGCGCGGCUUCCUCUUCCGGGGACAAAUCUCGGAGACGCUCAAGACCAGAGGCAUUUUUGAGACAAAGUUCCUCUCACAGAUAGAGAGCGAUCGUCUGGCGCUGCUGCAGGUCAGGGCGAUCCUGCAGCAGCUGGGGCUCGACAGCACCUGUGAUGACAGUAUUAUCGUCAAGGAGGUGUGCGGCACGGUGUCCCGCCGCGCGGCUCAGAUAUGCGGAGCCGGGAUGGCUGCCGUGGUGGACAAGAUCCGUGAGAACAGACGGCUGGACCACCUGGACGUCACCGUGGGCGUGGACGGCACGCUCUACAAGCUGCACCCACACUUCUCCCGGAUCUUCCAGCAGACGGUGAAGGAACUCGCCCCCAAAUGCGACGUCAACUUCCUGCUGUCCGAGGACGGCAGCGGAAAGGGGGCGGCGCUCAUCACCGCCGUGGGCGUCCGUCAGCGGGAGCUGGAGGCCCAGCAGCACUGAGGAGCCCUGUCCCGUUCGUUUCCCUCAACAACUACCUGCUGCUCCACCGUGACCUUCAUCCACCGCACAGCCCAAAGCCAUCUCCCUGGCAGCCGUGACUCCACCUCCGCCCCGCCUGUUCCACCGACAGCCAGAGAGACACGCUGCACGCGCAGAGAAUUCAAACUGAAUAUUUAUUUAUACCGCGCCGGAAGGUUUAUUAUUUCCAUGUUUGUACAUUUUCCUCGAUAGCUUGUAAUCUGAUAAAUCUAAACUCCUUAGCUGUGCAAUAUUUGUGUAUUGCUGAUUUUAUUUUUAUAUGGAGGCAAAUAUAUAAUUGUAUUUAUAUAGCUGAGGCCACUUUGAACCCCAGAGGUCACUAGGAUUUUGCACCAUAGACACAAGCAAGCGUCUGCACUUUUUAUACGAGAGUUACGGCCGCAGCAUUUCGGCGUAACUUUCCCGAAGCGAAGGCUGUCCUUCCGACUAAAACGCGAAGCUGGUUUUCACAGGCUCCGCUGGUUCAGAAAGCCAGCUCCAUAAGGGCUCGCUGCACAGGGUUGAACGCAAAAGAGUCACGGCUAUUGGCAUCAUCCUCAUUUUUAUGUGCAAACGUGCUCACAUGAAUAAUGUACUCGUCUACUAACCCCUCCUCUUCCGCGCAACUGUCAGUGUGACUCACAUAUUCAAAUAUUCCUGCAGCACCAUGCCAUUUAUUCCUCGAGAGUGGGGGAAGUAGAAAAAGCCCCGGCGGAAGUGUUCGUGUAAUCUUAUUGCUAUUUGUGAACUACUAUACUUUUGGUGUUGUGAUAGAUCCCACUUCUACUCACUGUACGUGCAAAGAAUAAAUGUUUAUCGGGCCCCGAGAACAGAGUGGAUACCACGAGCGCUUUUUGUGUGUAUUUGUGGCUGACUGUUUGUGCGUGUCCUACUGUAAUGACCUGUAGCUUUCAAUGUCCAAAGCUCUGUGGAGACUGCAUGCCUUACACCAAGACAAAGGAGAGUACUGGAUCAUUUUCUUCUUCUUCUUCUUCUUCCUCUGCUACUUUCUUUCUUUUUUUACAUCUCCAUAGAUUUGUGGUCAGCACAGUAAAACGUGAAUUCAUUAAAUUAUAUUUUGUUGUGGAGAGAA